CCAAAUAUUUUACCCAAAAAAACCCCUCAAAUUGGAGACUUGAAACAGAGUACUGGAGAGAAGCAAGCAAAGCAUCCGCCGAUUGAGCAAAAAGCGAGCCACCACUCCUCCAGAUUUCCCAAUCGAAAACACCGAAACCUUAGAAACAAACAUUCAUUUGACAAGAAAGUUGGUUUUUUCCUUAGAGGCUACUGACAUGAGUGGAGUAAUGCUUGGCUUGCCAGGGCCAUGGGCUGAGGAUAACCGUGAGCCCUCUGAUCAUUAUACUACAAAAAUUGGUGGACUUCCUGAUUGGCCUCUUCCUAUGGAGGCUUUAAACCCCACCCUUUUUCACUGCUCUCAAUGUGGAAGUAAACUCUGUCUUGUUGCUCAGGUUUAUGCUCCAGUUUCAAGUGAAACUGUAAAGAUAGAAGAGCGUCUUCUUCUGGUUUUAGGGUGUGUGACACCAAGUUGUGGUAGCACUCCUCCCAGUUGGCGUGCUCUUCGAGUUCAGAAAAUGGAGAACAAUACAAAUGAAUCAUCCUCUGCUGCUACUCCGGACAAAAUUCUUGCAGCUGCAUCUUCUGUUUCUGUUUCAAAAACUAGCUGGUGGGAGGAUUUGGGUGAUGAGGAUGAUGAAGAUGUGGAUCUGGAGGAUUUGAGUAAAGCAUUUGCUGAAGCAGCAAAGUUGAGUUCACGACCCAAGAAGACGAAUAGCAACCGGAAUUCUGAGAGUUCUGUGAAGCAGUCUUUGCCUUUACCUGCACAAACGAUUGGGCUAGAUACUGAUGCACCAGUGAUGCCGUGCUUCUACAUUUACUGUCAGGCGGAACCAUCAUUGAAGGAUUUUGCUUCUAUGUGUUCAAAUUACUCUUCACUUUCUGUCAAGGAGAAAGAAAGUGAUGUUGAAGAUCAUGGACAAGAAGAAACAUGGGAAGCAGAAAAUUAUGAAUACGACAAGGCUCUGAAUGCUGACAGGACUUACCUCAAGUUCAAGAAACAAUUGGAUGCAUCUCCGGAGCAAUGUUUCAGAUAUGCAUUUGGUGGGAAGCCUCUUCUGGCUGCAACAGAGGUGGGAGAUGCUGGGAAUUGUGAGCUUUGUGGUACUUCGAGGCACUUUGAAAUGCAGCUUAUGCCGCCAUUAAUAUAUUUUCUGCAAGAAGAAGCUGAUGCUUGUCAUAAAGGUUCUCUGGAGAAUUGGAACUGGCUGACGCUUGCUGUCUAUACUUGUUCCAAGAGCUGUUCUAAGUCAUUUGAUGAAGAGAAACACGAUAGUGGCACUUGGUUUGUGGUCGAGGAAACUGUUAUCAUGCAAUUUGAGAAACCCUUAAAUGAGUCUGCUCAACGCUAUUUCUCAUGAUUUGUGACAUUUGGCGAAUAUUUGAGUGUGAAUUUUUAAUUGGAUUUUUUUCCUUUCUUUAAACUAUGUUGUGCAGCUUCUAUGUAUACAAUAUACAGAGAUGAGCCAACAUAUUGUACAUUACUUGGAAGGAUCCCCUAAGACAGAGAAUAAGUAAUAUUCUUAUUAUUUUAAUCGUUACUUAAUGUUCUAUAUUAUCUCAAUGAACCAAACUUUGUUUGUUUUCAUUACUUUGUAUCAUUAUCGAAUGUUGACAUACCUUUAUUUUGAUUAUUUAUUUACCAAAGUUUUUUUUUCUUAGCUUUCAUUACAACUUUUAUUU